GUACGAUUAUUAUUAUUAUUAUUAUUAUUAUUAUUAUUAUUACUACUACUACUACUACUACUACUACUAAUAAUAAUAAUAAGAAGAAGAAGAAGAAGAAGAAUGUGCUUAACAAAAAAAUCAUAAAUGUGCAAGCAUAAACACAAGUAAUAAAAAGGGUGAAAAACUAAAGUGAAAGAAAAAUAAGGAGACUUAGUUCCUGGUUGUGGUAUCAUAAAUUACACUUCAUUACUCUUUUUAAACCGUUUAAACAACCUUAAAACUGCCUCGGUAUAUUUUGUAAAGUGGACUCUUAAAGUGGUGCUCUUAUUGUGUCAGGUAGGGGUGAUACCGACCCGGUAGUACUCGCCUGUAGUUCCCAUAAUAAUUGUAGCCUACAUGAGUCGUUUGAAUAAACAAGGCGGAUAAAUGUCGCGUUAUAUCCAAGGAUAAAAUAUGUCGACUCAGGCCAGCGUUACUCACAGAAUGCAUGGUCUUCGUCCCCGUUAUCAAUGCGUUUAGACCGAACUCGUUUCGUUUGUACGGCGCUCUCCGGACAGCCACCUCUUUAGACAGAAGGCUGUCUGUGGCUAGCUCGCUAGUUGCCUAGCCGGCUAGCUGUUGUUUACAUAAUUAGCUAGCUGAGGGAAGUUCGCUAGCUGGCUGUUGGAAUUUGUAAUAAAAAUCCUGCUGAUUGGGACGGACUGUUUGGAGUUUGGAAAAUAUGGCUGAGUUACACAUUGAGGCGAACGCGACUGGCAUCUUGGAGCAGAGCGAGCACCGCGGCUCGGUUAGCGUGAGACUGCCCUCGCCCACCCUGGUGCUCCCGCCUCGCAGCGGCUUGUCCAGUCCCGGAGUGUCCGGCUCCAGAGCCGUCUUCGGCUUCCCUAUGAAGAGCAGCCCGAGUUCCCCAUCAGAACCUGCGGAAAAACCGGGCUCCCGGUGGGUCCGGCUGAACGUCGGGGGAACUUACUUCGUCACCACGAAACAGACCUUGUGCAGGGAACCCAAAUCUUUUCUGUAUCGGUUAUGUCAGGAAGAUCCAGACCUUGACUCAGAUAAGGAUGAGACAGGAGCUUAUUUGAUUGAUAGGGACCCCACAUACUUUGGACCCAUUUUGAAUUACCUGAGGCAUGGAAAACUGAUCAUCAACAAGAACCUUGCAGAAGAGGGUGUUCUUGAGGAAGCUGAAUUUUACAACAUUGCAUCACUGGUGAGGCUGGUGAAGGAGAGAAUACGAGACAACGAGAACAGGACGUCCCAGGGCCCUGUAAAGCAUGUAUACCGUGUACUCCAGUGUCAGGAAGAGGAGCUCACCCAAAUGGUCUCCACAAUGUCUGACGGAUGGAAGUUUGAGCAGCUCAUAAGCAUUGGAUCCUCUUACAACUAUGGCAACGAGGACCAGGCUGAGUUCCUGUGUGUGGUUUCUAGGGAGCUCAACAAUUCCACUAAUGGAAUUGUUAUUGAGCCAACUGAGAAGGCUAAGAUCCUUCAGGAGAGAGGUUCCCGGAUGUGAGGAGACCUUCUUAGCUGUGCUGACACAAAUCUCUCAGUCCCUUCUUCUCCUCACUACUUCUUUCCCUUCUUCACCAUACAGCACACUCCAGGUCCAUCAGCUCACACACCCGCCCUUCCUUUUCUCACCCUCCUCCCUUGUGCCUUUCCGCAGUGGGGGUGUCCUGACCCCCCUCCCUGCAGUGCUGCAACAUCACCCAUCCAGCACCACCACAAGUGAUCACUGCUGUUAUCAACUAAUCGGAAAUGCUAAACAGGUUAUAAUUCAGAUAAUCUGUGAUGGUUGCAAGACUGCCAGUGGCGGCUAGGGAGGAGUCCAAGUAAGGUUUACGAGGUUUAUCUGUCACUAUAACCUUAGACAUCCACGUUGCCUCGGAACAUUAGCACCUUCAUAUCCUGCUCAUAAUCAUAAUAUACAUUGUUGCUGGCAUGCUAGUUUCAAGGAAUGUGCUGCUCAGCUAGGCUGUGUCUACAUCACUGAAAACUCCUCAGGACUUCCAGGGGCACGAAAGUAGACAAAACAGAACUGUUUGUCCCCCACUCCCUACUCCACUUCUCAUAACAAGCACAUUAACUUGUUAGCACAUGAGUGACUGAGUGAGUGAACAUCUGCAGCAACACUCAUCUACCCCGCCUGGCAUAACACACAGCGUGGAGCAAGAUCGCUGGGACAUAGGAGAUGGCCUCUGAACAUGCAGCAUUUUGUCUCUAGUUUAUAGUGUGUUAAUCUCUUUAAGUCUGUCUGCCUUCUUGGAUAUGGCCCAGGAAUGACUAGAAGGGAAGGGAGUACACAGACAGUUUCCCGGUUGGGCAUCCCACCCAAGUUCGCCGCCAUGAAUCGGAAAAUUUCUCCCAUAACUCAUUAAUUCAGGAUGAUUCAUGUCAUCCUGGAAUAGGUUUUUUCUGUUGCUAUGGACAUUUCACACAUUCAGACAGCAUUAAACAACAUAAAAAUAAGUGUGCAAUUUUGGGGCAUGUCAGAAUUAUAUUACAAAUACAUCUGUUACAAAAAGGUUGAAUGCAAGUCAUGUAAUUGUUAAUAUCUGUACCACAGCAGUCGUUUUUGUUUAGCAAGAUGAAUUACUCCAUUUCUGGGAAGAUUAUGAAUUGACCCACGCUCCUAGAUUAUUUGUCUAGUGCCUGGUCACUGAUAUGUAAAUUUUUGUAUUGUGUUCUCCUUCCAGCUAUUAAUCUAUGACUGGAAAAUGGGAAUCAUGGUCUUAUUUCACACUAUUUCUCAAUAAUAUUUUUGUUUUACGUUAUAGAAAUACAUAAAUUCUUCAGCAUAUCAUAUAGGAGCUCCAUGAGACUGUUGAUUGAAAAAGUGUUUGGAGUUGGGACAGAACUAUAGUUCUCUAAUAUGAUUGUUUAUUUGAGAGUUCAGCCCCAGUAUUUCCUAUAAUGUCAUAAUAUUUUGGCUAUUUAAAGAAGUUAUGUGAGUUUCAGUGGAGUAGCAUUGAAUGUUAAGGGCACUAUUUUACAUGGACUGAGAUGCUUACCCUCUUGUCAAAAUGUAUUAUAUUACUUCAGUUAAACUGCUAAAUUCAUUAAUGCUUUGACAUCAGGGACAGUAUUUGGUCCUCUUUUACACUGAAUAAAUUGCCCUCGAUGUUUGAUAUUUAGCCAAUCAAGACUAGAUUAUGAUCUAAAUAUUUCACUUGUAAAGUUGUGAAAUCCAAGAAUCUGCUCAUCAGCUAACAUACAGUUUGCUUCAUUAUGUGUUGACAGUAUUUUGACAUAUCUCUUGUUCAGUAUCAUUGUAUGGAUAAUGGCAUGACUUGGUGUAGGUUGUGAUGUUCAUGUCCAUUGAAAAGCAUCUCUAUCUGUCAGCCACAGGCAGCAUUAUGUACAUUAUGUCAAUGUGAACUUUUUUUUGUCUUCAGUGUUUUCAAAUGUUGUGUGCUUAUAUGUUGGGAAUCGUCCCUCCCCUUUCCCUCACCUUUACAUUGUGCUUUUUCACUCUUCAAAAUGAGCAGCAAGAGAAGGGGGGCUUAAAUGUGCUCCAUUUGCUUGCCUUUAAUGUUUUUAUUUAACAAAGCAGGUUUUCUCAGUUGGCAGGAUCAUUUUAAGUAAAACUUGUCCAGUAUGUCACUUACCUCUUCUCGUAUUUGGACACUAAGAGUUUGGCUUGAGUUGUGUGGCUCACAAAGAAAUCUCACUUACUGAAAUUCAUCCCCUGGAGAGUUUCUUUGUUCAACCCCAGUUGUUUGUUUUUGAAGUUCUCAUAAUGGGCUUCUGAACUACAGACUCCCCGUGGCAAACUAAGAUUUGAUCUGUGCCGUUGUGUUUCUUUUAUUAAUCUUGUAAGGUAGGGGGCAAUCUGAUUUGAUGAGUUACGUUCAUCAUUCUUGUAGCAAAUCCAGCCGUCUAACGUCCUUUGUCCCACUGUUCUCCUUGGAAUCCGUCUUGGGCUGGAUUCCUGGACAUGGAUUAAGCCUAAUCUUGGACUAAAUUGCAAUGCCAAUGGUGUUUCAUCAUUGAAAAUCCUUAUUAGGUUUAAUGUGGGUCUAACAAACUGGCCCUUAAUGUAAAGGCAAGUGUCUGACUAUACUUGCUUGUUGGUCAGUUGUUUCAAAUACUGUAUGCGUUUAUCAUAUCUUAGCUUUUCAGAUUGCCCUUGUGCCAUUUCAUUUUUUUCCCUUGUGUCAUAAGAAAAAGUUUCAUUUGUGCCCUUAAUCUUGUAUUUACUUGCACUUUAAGUAUGUCCAUGUCUUACAGUUUUCUGACCUCCAUAGAGGUGUGCUCGUAUCAAGGUCACAUAAAAAUGUCAAGCCGCUGCAGACCCGCUGCAGUUUGCUUUGGGCCGUGUAAAAACAGUGACGUCAGAGUGACCGUUACUUUUAGUAGUUUUAAGACGCACUUAGACCACUGGCGUACAUAGGUAAUAUAGUUCUUUUUUAAUAUUAUUAUAUUAUUAUAUUAAACAUUUCUUUUCCCUCUUCAUGGUCCUCCCAUUUGUUUGUGGUCAAACAGUAAGAGAUAUGAGGCAAAAAGAUGUUUUUGUGGGGGGAAAAAACUAAGCUAAAUGAUAUACUGUUUUCUGUAGAAUCUGAAGGGGAAAGAGGGGGCCCUUGUUUUUUGGUACGUGGACUUGAACGCAUGCAGUGUGUUAAAGUAUAUAAUAUUAUAUACUGGGACUUUGUCUGGCCUUGUGUUAGUGUAGGGGUAAAGUGGUGCAUGGACAGUGACUAGAGCCUUGGAAAUGUGUGCAAGGUGGAACUUUCAGACAGUUGGUCUGCAGCUCUGGGCUUAAACGUGGCCACAGAACUCUGUGGUUUUUAUGGUUUGUUUAAUUUCGUCUUGUCCAAACACUAAGUAAUCUUCACCACAGGAUAUUCUGAUAAAAUGUUUAGCGCUGAAUGGCCAUUUGGAAGCUAACCUAACUGGAAUGCAGGAACGCAGACCUCUGUUAUGUUUAUUCACGUUAAAAAAGGGUUCGUGACGGGGUUAGUUUUCAAGACUGCCAUAAUAGUUAGUCUGCAACACCUGCAUGCUUUGAUAUACAGUACACACAUGUGUGCAUGUGCGCACACAUACAAAGAAAGACAUUUAAACAUGUAUUGAAAACCUGCUACUUACACCAGAUGUUUUGAGUGUAUUAAGUUAUCAACUGUAUCGAUGUCAAGUGUGACCUUUGUCUAAAUGGAGAUCGUGGAGCUAAGUGUUGGAAAUGAAUAGUCUCGGUAAGACUGUCCUUUAAUUUUUCUUUUUUUUAUUUUUUAAGUUUGUCUUCUGAUGCAGUUUCUUUCAAUGUACAGAUUGCAAAGAGGAAAAAAUGUCUGAUUUUUAUCAUAAAAUGUAUUUGUGUUCAAAAUGUUGUAGUUCUCAUUUUAUCACAGAACUUUGUUGCAAUUGUUUACCAGAGAACUGAGCAUGUAUGUACACCGUAUCUGAAUAAAAAAAUGUUUUACAGAAGCAGAAA